UGGGUGAUGUCAGGCUCGAGGAGGAGCCUCCGCCGCCUGCCCUUUUACUUUCGGGCGCCGGCACUUGGCCGCAGGCUGCUGCUGCUGCUGGCCGGGCCCCCCCCUCACCCCCUCCGCUAUGGGCACCCCGCACUUUUAAGGCGCCGCCCCGAGGGGGGGGCACGGGGUAUUCAUUAAAAAUCGCUAUUUACGUGGUUAUUCAUUGCCCCGCUCCGGGUAUGUGAACAGCCACCCCCCUGCCCCCCCCGGCUCCCCUUCCAUCCACCCCCAGCGCCAUGCCGGCAGCCUGCACCCUGCUGCUGCUGCUGGGCUUGGGGCUGGUCCCGGUCCCGCCGGCCGGCUCGCUGCCCCUCGCUUCCCCGCGGCGUCUUCCUCCACCUCCCCCUCCUCCUCCUCCGUCCCGAAACCGUCUCGGCCGCCCUUCCUCGCUUCCCGCCGGCAGCCCGGUCAUUGAAAGCAGCCAUCAGGAGAGGAGUUCAAGCACAGAGAUAAGGACUGCUGGUGCUCCUGUGGAGCUGGUGACGAUGCUGGCUGGGAGCAGGGAGUGGGCAUCACUGCCUGCCAGGCAAGGGGCAGUGCCAGCAGCAGGCCGGGUCACAGGGCACGCUGUGCCCCCUGCCAGUGAUGGGGAUGUCCCCCCUCCAGGAGCAGGAUCCCCAGAGAACCCAUCUGCUGGGACAGUGACCCACCUGCUCACCCACAGCCAUCCUCCCGACCCUGGAAGCCAUCACCGUGCUGCAGGCAGGCUGGGGAGAGGCAAGAGGGCUCCCAGCACCCCUGCAGCUGCUGAGGGGACACCACUGGACUUGGAAGCUGUCAGCAGCAAUUCGGCUGAGGGGACACAGGGAGGGCACCACGGGCUCUGGAACGUGUCAGAGUUUAACACCAUGAGGACAACGCUGCUACCUUCAUCUCCAGAACCUCAUCACCCAGGCACUGACAGCCUCUCCCAACCCAUGAGCAGCUGGCUGGGCACUGAGCUGGGCGCUGCAGCUGCUUCACCCAGCCCCAGCUCUGCCCUCCCUGGCUCCCUGGGACAGCCCCAGGCCUCCUCCCAGGCUUCAAGUACCCAGACUGGUGCAGAGCACAUCAUGCUACACCCCAGGGGUGUCACAGGGAGCUUGACCAGCCCUUUGCUGACUCCAUCACCUCCCAUGGACAACACCUUCAGAGGCGUUGGAAGCAGCCACCAGCCAUCCAACAGCUCAGCCACGGAGAGGUUCGGUUCGGAUUUCCCCACCAGCAGCACCUCCAUUUCCACAACAGCUGCCAAGGCUGGAGGGAGGACGUUGAGGUCUCUGCCAGCCAGCACCAGGCUGGUCACCAUGGCAGAGAUUUCCACCUCUGGGACUGAAAUCACCAGCUCUUCAGCCCAGAGCCAGACCCCUGGGUUGUCUGUGGGUGCCCAGGCUGAUGGAGGCAGAGGUGUCACAGACCCAUUGCUCUCAGGCUUGCCAUCUGUUUCAGGAAGUGCUUCCACAACUUCUAGCAGCAGUUAUGAACCCCCCAAGAGCAUCCCAGGUGCAGAAGAGGCGACGGAGCACUUGGACAUCCAGGCUGCUGACGUGUCCAGCAUGGCAGUGGGGACACCGAUGUCCCCAGAAAAUGGCCACACAGCUGGGGUGACAAGAGACUCUGCCAGCAGCACCAACCCCACAAGCUCUUUGGGUGGGACCUCCUCUUCCUUGAGGACUGGGACACAUCAUCCCAACAGCUCAUGGGAAGCCACCGAUCUCCCAGGCCCUCCUUUGCUCACAAGCUCCCUCUCUGCCUCUGAAGGUCCUUUCCCAGGUGUCAAAAGCAGCCACAGCCCAGUGGAAGAGAAAACCUCCCUCACUUCCUCUGCCACCAGCACUCCCAUUUCAGCCACAUCCAGCAGUGGGGGGAGGCCCCCCAGGUCUGCCUCGGGCAGCAGCCCCUGGGCAGCAGCCAAGGGUUCCACAUCCAGCAGUGCCAUGUACAGGACCUUGGGAACAACUCAAUCCUUGUCCACAUCUUCUGGGAGAGAGGCCUCCAGAGCUCAGGGGUCCACAGGAAUGACAGAUUUCACUGAGGUGGCAGAGUCUCCCAUAACACGCUCUGGCUCUCCUUUGGAAGGUCCUUCUCCAGCUACUGGAAGCAGCCAUGUGUCACUCAGCAUCCUGUCAACAGAGAGAAGAACCAAUUUCCCCACCACCAUCACCUCUGUUUACACAACAGGCACCAAGGGAGGAGGGAGGACGUUAAGGUCUCUGCCAGCCAGCACCACCUUGGCCCAAAAAACAGAGGUUUCCACCACUGGUACUGGUAACAUCAGCUCUCCAGGCCAUUCCCAGUCUUCUUUGGGAACCCAGGGUGGUGGUGGCAGAGGUACCACCCUGUCAUCUGUGAACCCAUUGCUCACAGGCUCACCAUCUUCUCCAGAAAGCACUUCCCCAGCAGACAAGACCUCAGCAACGGGGGAACACCUGCCUCUCCCCAGCACACCCGGUGUGGUGAGAACUGCCACCAGGGAGGAGAGCAGCACAGUGCCUGUGUUGGACACCCAUGGAGCUUCCAGUGCCACAGGGAGCUCUGCUCCUCUGCCCCACACCAGCACCCUGGGCAUGGUCCUGCUGUCCUCACCAGCAGCACAGCCUGGGACACAGAGUCGUGUUUCACAGAGCGGGGCAGGACUCAGUGAGCUUCCAACAAAGCUGCUGCCUGCGUUUGCUCCCAGCGUUUCAGUGCCUUCACCUUCAGCCACACUCUUCAUCCACAAGGAAGGGACACCUCAAGCCCCAGGCAGCCGCAGCACGUGGAGCACAAAAGCAGAAAGCCUCACAUCUCAGCUGGACACAGCUGGGGACACCCGCACCGGCCCUGUCCUGUCCUCCACGGCACGGCCUCCAGUGAGACAUGUGUCAUCUGGCCAAGCAGGGUCUCCAGAGCCCAAGGUCACCCUUUCAUCCAAGGUCUUCACCUACUUCUCAGCUGCUGCUGAACCUUCCACAAUUGGCAGCAGCCAUCACUCACUAAGCAGCUCAGGUGCUGAGAGGAGGAUGUCCAGCCCCAUCACCGAUCCCGUGUACACUUCAUCCACGUCUGGUGCUGAGGAGAGGAUGCUGCUCUCAGUGACAGGUGGCACUCUGGCUGGUGGCAUGGAGAGCUCUUCUUUCCAUGCUGGAGCUCCCAGCUCUCCAGGGCCAUCUGAGCCAGCAUUGGUGGAGCAGGGCAGGACAGCCAACGCCUCCACCAGCAGCGGGGGUUUCACGGGCUUUGCGACAGAGACGGUCUUUGUACGUUCUGCCAAGAUACCCACUUACUCUUCUUUCCAAAAUGAUCUCACAAACUUUUCAGGUAGCCAUCAGCCAGUCAGUGGCAGUGAUGCUGAGAAAAGGACCUCGGUCUCUCACACAGAUGGCACUUACAUUUCAACCACAUAUACCAGAGGAGGAGAAAGGACCCUCCUGUCUAUCUCCAACAGCAGCACCUCUGCUGACUCCUCAGAGAGUUCCACCUUUUUUUCUGAAAUUUCCAGCCCUUUUGAUGCCUCACAAUCAUCUGUGGCUCAUGACAGGCAGACCAAUGCAUCAAACAGUAGCAGUUUUGUUGAACCAUCUACAGAGCCAUUGCUGGUGCACCCUUCCAAACCGUCGAUAUCUGCUUCUACAGGCAGCAUAGAAAAUACAACUCUAUUCAACACUGCCUCUGAGUUGUUGACCACUGACAAAUCAUCUCUGUCUUCAUCAGCAUUUCCAGCCUCUUCCUCACUGUCAUCACUGCAGCACUUGCUGUCAUCAACACCACCACCAACUCAUCUGUUUACGCUGUCAGAAUCACCUGAGCCACGCUUGCCCUCUGUGAUGGCAUCUUCACCCCCUCUGCAGGCUUUGCCAUCCUCCUUGCCCACUUCCUCCUUGCCCUCCCCAUCUUACUCAUUAGCAUCUUUACUGUCUGUGUUUUCAUCACCCUCAUCCAUCUCUCAGUCCAGUGAGAGUGAUCAAGCAAGCACCGCUGUGGCUACAAGUGUGGUCAGGCAGGUGCCCUCCACAGCUGCCACAGCCAGGAGCUCACCCAGAGAGACCAACAAGCCCAGUGUCACACACCAGCCCCAAAAGAGCACCACCUUCACUCCCACCAGGUCACCUCUCCCUACAGAACCCAUGGAGCUGCUUGGUGGACGUGUUGUGUCUGUGUCCGCUCCUGUGACAGUAACAGAGACUGCCUUGCUUGGAGAUGCCACCACCCAAGGGGACAGCUCUGGGAAGGCAACACCACUGCUCACCACAGCCAGUGUUGCUCCACAGGCUGGUCCAACAGAUGCACCCCUUAGUCCCUCACCAGGUGCAACAAAUCAGGGCAGCAUUGUCCCCACAGUGGCAGUGACCACGGUGAAACCUCCUGUGCUGACAACGCCGUCCGGUCGCCGGCCCACCCCAGGUGAGGCCAGCACCAUGCAAGACCAUGGGGCCCAGACUUCCACUGCCACUAAGCACAGUUAUACCACUGGUAAAAGCACAGAAGCCAUGGGUCCCACCACUGCAAAGCCUGCUAAAGCCACUGAGGAAAACAUCUCUGUUACAAGUCCUUCUGCAGCACCUCCAACCAUCAAGACCACUGGGAGCAUUGCAACGACUUUGGCUGCUGCCAAACCAACCACUGCUCCUCUGCCAAGCAGCACAGUCGGGCUGAGGACAUCACCUCCAGCCACAGAGGUGGAUAAAUGUCUUUCCAACCCUUGUCCUGCACUGGCCACCUGCAACAACACCCAUGGCUCCUAUAUCUGUCAGUGUCCUCUUGGAUAUGAGCUGGAAAAAGGAAAGUGCAAUUUAGUGAGAAUAUUUAUUGGCCAGGUUCCCCUGAAACUGAAUAUCACCCACGGGAAGUACACAGACCUCUUCCACGUCGAGAGGGAGAUCCUGGAGGUGCUCAAUGCAUCGCUGUCAGGCUUGCCAGGAUACCACCACUCCACAGUUAAGGCAAGCAGGGAGGCAAAUUUUGUGCACGUUUCAGUGCAAUCCACGUUCUCUUUAGCGUCCAACGUGACUUUCUUCGAUGUUAUCAGCAGUGUGAAAAGCUACAUUCGAGCUUGCAAAUCCCCCACUGAAGCCUGCCAGUUCAUAUCAAGCCUGAAAUCACUCCACAGAGCUGGCAGCUUGUGCAGACAGAAGGACCCUGAAUGUGACAAGGAAACUUCAGAAUGCACCGACUUUGAUGGGGUUGCUCUCUGCCAGUGCAAAAGUGGAUACUUCAAAUACAACAAGAUGGACCACUCCUGCAGAGCCUGUGACGAUGGAUAUAAGCUGGAAAACGAGACGUGUGUGAGCUGCCCCUUUGGCUUGGGUGGAUUCAACUGUGGAAACCCCUAUCAGCUCAUCACGGUGGUGAUUGCAGCUGCAGGAGGGGGUCUGCUGCUGAUCAUGGGCAUAGCACUGAUUGUCACCUGCUGCCGGAAGAAUAAAAAUGACAUAAGUAAACUCAUUUUCAAGAGUGGGGAUUUCCAGAUGUCACCUUAUGCUGAAUAUCCGAAGAAUCCCCGGGCACAGGAGUGGGGCAGAGAGACCAUCGAGAUGCAGGAGAAUGGAAGCACCAAGAACCUGUUGCAGAUGACAGAUGUGUAUUAUUCGCCAACUGGACUGAGAAAUCCUGAACUGGAAAGAAAUGGACUUUUUCCUCCCUACACUGGUUUGCCUGGAUCUCGACAUUCGUGCAUCUACCCUGGACAAUACAAUCCGUCCUUCAUUAGUGAUGAAACCAGAAGAAGAGACUAUUUUUAGCAAAGAGUGGAGAGGGAGUGGAAGAUUGACACAGUUGUGUGGCCCUUAAUUCCCAGGUACAAUCUGUCUCCUGGGUAGUUGAGGCCACAUCAAUCUUACUCUUCCCAUUUAAUAGGAAGGACUUUGAACUUCAUGCUGAGCAUUGCUGCCCUGAGGGACGGUCACAGUUGCUGAGCAUCAGAGAGGAGGAGGAGGAAGAGGAGGGAAUGGCUCAAGAAGCACAUCACUAAAAGACCCAGUGGGAAGCUAACACGUGUACUCCUUAUUCAUUCUUCACUCUUCGCGCUACACGGGCAAGCAUGGAUCAGUACAGGCAGAUGAACUGUGCCCAGCACUCUGCAUUGAAUACCACUAGGGAGUGUCUUGUUUACAGAUCUCGUUCACUAUUGACUGUGCUUGUCUUCCUAGCCAGCCUUCAUGCCAAGAUUCACUGUCAAUUGCUUUUGGUCAGGCAAGUUUGUCCACUCCCUUUUAGAUCACUGCCUCGCUGUCGGUUUCGUGCAUGCCAGAGAAGCUGACUUGUGUUCACCUUCAUACUGGUAAAAGUUCUCCACAUUUCUAGGUCCUUGCCAAAGCCAGAUGUCUGGCAAUAUUGGCUGAAUUUGUGGGUUGAUUGUCUCCAAGGAGUGUGGGAAGGUUAGUCACACCACUGCAAUUUUAACAGAAAAAAGGCACAGUUAUUCCUCUGUGCUGCUUUGAAAAUCUUCUGUGUAUAGGGAAUGUUGUUGUUUUGUCAACCAAUAUUGUUCCGAAGUGAUGCCACUACAUGCCAUCAUGGUGUUUCCAUGUGGGAUUCUUUGGGGCUCUGUUUCCCUGCAAGGAUUUAAAUGCCUGUAGACACAGCAAUACAAUAUUAAAUAAUUACUCACAGGGAAGAAGAAGAUGAGUUGUGAAUUCAGAAUGCUUUUUAAGAGGAAUCUGUGAAGGAGUAAUAAUGCUGUAGCUUUGGCUGGGUAGAGGAACCUGAAUUCUGGGCACUGAAGGUGGGAUAUGUUUUCAAACCUCCAGAGUCCAUCUUGAAUUUGUAGGCGCUGUGGAGACUUUCAGUGCAUUGGAAAAGAGGGCCUACUGCAGUCAGUUGCAUUUACGGAAGAAAAAAACAUGAUGCUUGCAAUCCUAGCAUAGCAAAGAUCACUUAUGUUGAAGUGUUUUUCUUUCUUCUAUCCUAGUUUCGAGUGAUUCAGACCAGGCAAGUUUCCUCACCCAGGUGUGUUCGUUCAUAUUAGCAGAAGCUGAAGAAUUUAGGUUAUUGCAUUUCUCACCAAAGAUCAGGCCUGAAACUCAUGGACUGUAUUCUGACCUAGAGUGUGGAAAGAGAUCUUACUAAUCACAGAAGCCUGGAAUGGGUUGGCUUUUUUUUAGAUAGAUAAUUUUUAAUUAUCUUAAUUUUAGAUAGAUAAUUUUUUCCAACUCCUCUGCCAUAAACAGGGACACUUUCCACUAGACCAGGUUUUUCAAAGCCCCAUCCAGCCUGGCUUUGAACACUUGCAGGGAUUGGGGAACGUCUCUGGGCAACCUGUUUCAGUGCCUCGCCAUUCUCAUUAUGAAGAAUUUCCUUCUUGUAACUAAUCUAAAUCUACCUUCUUUGUUUUAAAAUAAUUUCCCUUGUCCUAUCCCUACAUGCCCUUGUGAAAAGUCCCUCUCCAGCUUUCUUGUAGACCUCCUUUAGUUACUGGAAGGUGCUCUAAAGUCUCCUUGGAGCCUACUCUUCUCCAGGCUGAACAGCCCCAACUUUCUCAGACUGUCUUCACAGGAGAGGUGCUCCAGCAUCUGACCACCUUUGUGGCCUCCUCUGGCCUCAUUUCUUCUGAUGGGAGCACUGGACACAGCACUGCAGGUGGGGUCUCAGGGGAGCAGAGUAGGAGGAGAGGAUCCCCAUCCCACCCUGGCUCUGGUGCUGCCCAGGACACAGUUGGCUUUCUGGCCUGUGGGAGCACAUUGCUGGGUCAUGUUGAGCUUCUCACCAACCAACACCCCAAGUCCUCAGGGUUAGUUUCUAUUCUCCAAGAGCCUGCAUUUGUGCUGGGGAUUGCCCCGGCUCACAUGCGGGAAAUAUGAUUAAAUAUCAUGAAGUCUAUUUACCACUUAUCUUUACUGCACUGUAAAUCUGAGUCAUCCAAAGCCUGUUUAGAUACAAGGCCCAGAUGCAGUUUCUCCUCUUGAAUGUGAAUGUGCUUUUAAUUCAAGGUGGCUGCUUGUAUAAGGACAAGAAAUAGCACAGUUCCAUUGUCACUAACUCACCAUAUCUGUAGUGUGCACAUAAGCUGAUAUUCCCUUCUCCCCCACCAUGCUUUAAAAGACACAGUGCCUACAGCCAAGUUCAUUAGGUAGCUCAGCUGACUGAAGCACUGAGGAUGAUGGGGUGCAUCCCCCAAAGUGUCUAACCCUAAUUCAAAUGCUCAUGUGUUGUGUGGCUGCUCACUGGAGGCAAGCCUGGGGUAAUGAGGAGCUCUCCAUCAGAGAGUAGGUACUUGCAUCCUACAGAUGAUGUGAGUUCCCAGAUAAUUUCCCAGCACUUUAAAGGCUGUUGUGUUCCCUACCAAAGGUCAGUAACAGGUAUCCAGAGGGAAGCGAGACAGAAACAGGCAAUUAUAAGCUGUGUUGGCUUAGAGGUUUCUGGUCCCUGCUUCUCCCUUGCUUCUGUUUUCUCAAAACUUCAAGACAGGAAAGGCACAGAUGUGCCUGAGAAGGCACAGUUCAGUUCACCAGCCAUAGCACACAAACACAGUGUCUUUUUUAUGCCUCAGCUCUUGUCUUCUAUGUAGAAACAGCAGGGUGAGCUUGCAGAGCUUUAUGGACACCUAGGGCAGUGUCCUUUGCACUUACAUGAACUUUUGGUGACGGUGCAUGCAACUUCACACCUGUCUGAUCCAUAAUCAGCCUUGCAGCUGGUAGUGCACAGCUGAUCUCAGCUGUAGGGGGAAAGGAAUGGAUGCUCAUGGGAAGUACAGCUGCCUAAGGAACUGUAUUUAGGGAAAGCUUUACUUACCGUGUCCAAAAUAUUACAACAGGUAAAGCACAAGAAUUAGGUGUUCUCUGCCACUCUGAUCAGAGUUUUCAUCCAGGACAGAAAGGACCGCCUUUCCCCUGGUAUGGAGCAGAGCUAUGUUUUUGUUACAAAAGAAAAGAAGAAGAUGCAAUUCAUGCUAAAUCUAAAUCCAAAGCCUAUAGACAAGCACUGGACUUUGUCCCUUUUCAGUAAAGUAGCUUUUGAUAAGGACAUGUCCCAGCAAUGAUGAGAACCCCAUGAUUUGCCUAUGUGCCAGCAUUUCCUCUGCCUAUGCUUACAGGCAAAGAUGUUUAACUGCUUGGUUAGUUCAAAGACUAGGAGAUGAACUUCUGCAUGUCAGGUACAAAGGGCAAAGUAUGGCACCAACUCACAAUUGCAGAUCAGUCCUUCUGCACAAAAGAGUAUAUGAACAAAACUUCUGGUCUGUAUCUCCACAUUGCAAAUUGCAAGGGAUUUGAAUGGAGCUGAGAUAGGGGUAUUUCUAAUGAGAGCACACAAAAGUUUGCAAGUAAUAAUUUUAAUACCUUAAUGGUCUUCAAAUUCUUCUUGAAUUGUAUCUGGAGAGAAAGAGUCUCAGUAAAUCCAGCAGGAUUUUCUGAGUAAGGACUGCAAAACUUGGAAUUUUCUGAAAGAGUGUUAUUGCACUGACAUUUUCUCUCUGCCUGUGGAGGUAAACAUUGGGGCAUUUCUUAUGAGGGUUUAUCCAUCACAGCCUGGCCUUCUAUUUGGGUAGAAAGGAGUCUCAAAGCCAAGGCAUAGUCCAUAGGAGGAGGGGGGAAAGAGUCUCUCCUGGCCUGCCACACCUUCUCUGGGUGUCUUAUGAGGCCCUGCCCAGCAGGCAAGAGAGGAGUUUAUGCAGGAGGAGUCAGCACCCAGAUGAGUGCAGGUGCUUUCCCCGAGUGUUCCAGGAAGCUUUUGGGAAAGUGACAGAGGCAGCCUGGGGUGAUCCAGCCCCUGGGUUUCCACCAGCCCAGCUGCAACCUGUGCUGCAGUUCUCCUGUCUUCAGCCAGGCACCACCCGCUCCCCGCUCCCCUGGGACAGAAGGGGUGGGUGCAGAGCACUGUGCUGUGUUACAGUUUAUGGUGGCUGUUUUAGUGCAGUGUUCCCUGCCUCACCCAGCAGUACAGACUCGCCCAGCCACAGCAGGAAUGGGGGCAGUGUUUCAGUGCAGGUUGUCUCUGUGAAAAGCUGCCACAUCUGUGUCUGCCAUGAACAAAGCUCCCUUUGGCAGUGCAGUGGGGCUUGUCACUCCUCUUGGGUAUAAGAAGGGUCUCUAUGUGCCCUUAAGCCCACUUUCACAAUCAAAUGCUUCUCUGUUCACAACUUAACUCCCUAUAGGAUGUCUAAAUACUUGCAGCUUAUUUCUCAUCUCUCUUUUAGAUUACUUCUAGCUACCCCAAAUUGAAAAUUUUGAGCACACUGGAUGUUUUUGCCAAGGGGAAUCACUCUCCACUAUGUGAGAGAAUAGGAGGGAAGUGGCAUGUCUUUGGUAUGGAGAAUGCAAGUGAUUCAGCCAGAUGUGGGGAAAGGAGGAAAAACUACACCAAGACUGCUCAUAAAUCUGCUAUUGCUCCUGGCUACUGUGGAAAGUGAGGGGAGCAGUCAGCAAUGACCCAUGGGCAGUUGUGUGGGUGUGUUUUUAAUUAAAUUUGGUGAAAAAAAUGCUAAUUCUGUUACUUGACAGGAAAAACUGUGAGAGGCAUGUGUUUGCUGCUAUGGUGCUCUGCCAGUUAUACUGACAAAAUGCCUUACCCCCAAAAAUACCCCUGACAGUCAGCAUAGGAGAGUCAGUCCCAGUGAACUGAUCAGCAAAACACAGAUUUGAGGAAUCUUUCAGAAAGCAUCUUGAACAUACAGUCUUCCUGUGUCCUGCUGCUUGCCCUGGCCAGUCCUUCCAGCUGCACUGGGAAAAUCAGGCUUGUUUUUUCACACUGUUGAAACCUUACAGCACUGAAUUGGGCUAUAAGGGGAAAAAGUGGGCCAGGUUUUCUCCCACACUGGAACUGUUAGGUUUUAUAGCAGCAAUGAAUCUCGUUGCUCUUGUGGCAUUUCCCGUAAGACCCACUGGCACAGUCAUGUACUGAGUUACUGCUCAUGAACUGCUUUAUGAAAGUUAUCUGCCUCCACGCUGCAGGGUAGUAAAAGGCUUUAAAAAUAGCAAUAAAUUGCAGUUAGAGAGAAGUAUUUAUCAUUGUGAAAUUGUUUGUGCCAGUACUUGUACAGGUUGUUUGCUGGGACCUGAGUGAGCACAGAGUGGGUUUGGACACUGCUGCAGACAUGCUGAGUUGCUUUCCCAGGACUUGUCUCUGAUGCUGGUCAAUGGCCAUAUCCAUUCCAAACCCAGCUGGAAUUUUCAUUCCCUAAUAGUAAUCUUUAGCUUUCUUCCUUAAAUUAACAAGAACGGAUGCAUUUUAGCUAAAUGCUCUUCCUAUGCUGACUAAUGUUUUUUCCUCUUUACACACAAAGGAUGUAAUCCAGCAUCCCUACAGUGACUGAGGUAACCCUCCCAUGGACUGUAAAGAAGUUUUUUUAGGCCUGAAUUACUCCUCCACCAGGGUCACCUGCAUGUAGUACAUGCUUUCCCAUAGCUCUGUCUGCCUAUUUCUGUGAUACUGUUCCUGCCUUUGCUUGUUUUAUCUAUUCUUUUUUUUAAAGCAUACUUAUUACUGUAGCAGGACCUGUGUUAUGUGAGAAUGAACAAAACAGCUUCAAGAUUGGAAAGAGUUUCCUGGGAAGAGAAUGAAUGUGAAUUUUGUGUAGUUGUUUUACUGGUCAGCCAGCCUCUUUCCUAUCCUGUAAUAUCUAGGGAUAUAGAGAUGCUUCCUGCUGUCACACAUACCAACUGCUCUGCAGAUCCCUCUUGCCUGUCUCUUUAGAAAUUAAGCAAGAUCUCCUAUUUUCAAAAGGGAUAUGUCCUACAUGCUUGUUAGAGUUUGGGACCUUUUCAAUGUACAUUUAAUUCUUCAUUCCCUUGAGCUGCUGAAAUUGAAAAGCAGGAGAGAAAUUCACGAAAGAGUAGGAAGUACCAAAAUUAAAAAAAAAAAAAAAAGAAUAUGCUUAAUUAUUUUGCAGAAAUGUGACUUCAGUACUGUGAGAUCAAGUGUGGGAUGACACCUUUUCUGUGUCUAGUCUUUGUUGCAUAAUAUCCUUGUUGAGGGAACACCUAGCAAGGGUACCUGAUGUUCCUCCAAAGUGGUAUUGAAAUGCUAAAUUGCUCAGUCUCUAUUUCAAUGAAAUGGUGGAAGAGAUGGGAGUCCUACUUUGGUUAAUGACUGCAGCAGGCAGCCUCCAGAUCAGCAAAAUCCUGUAUGGAAAAGUCCUGUGGAAUACAGUAAAUACUGAUCACUUCUCUUGAACACGGCUAUAGAAUUUGCUGGACAUAAAAAGUCUUCAAUAAAAUCUGCUAGGAUGGGUUUACUUUAAAGGAAAAAAAAAAAAGAAGCUCAACAGGAUAAAUAUUUACUACCUUAAUUUUUUAAAGGAAAUCCUGUUAAACUCAGUCAUUUGCUUUAAACCCAUUAAAUUCUACAGGACUUUCUCCUAGUCAAAGGUGAAACUUGGUGUGUAAAAUCAUAAUGAUUUAUUUAAGCAGCUUUUAGAAUUGCAGUAGUAAAGCUCACCUUUUGUGAACUCUCUUCCAAAACAUAAAUUUCAGCAUUUGUUUGUGCUUCUUUACGACCUGAAUGUAAACCUGUGUAUGUUCUUGACAUUGCUCCACUCCCUUCCCUCUAUCUCUGAAUGUUUGCUUCCAAGUCUCUGGGGUUCUGAGGAUGUUUUCCAAACCAGUAUUAUUUAAAGUUGUAUCAUAUUUUCAGCCUCCACUAAUUAUACAGUACUGUAGUAGCAAAAUAUAAUUUUUAAUGAUUGGAUUAUUUUUAUACCUGCAUCCAAUAUUAUUAAAUCUGGCGUUCUAGUCAGUAUCAUAAAAGGAUACAAUAAAACAAUGAAUAUUA